AUGAGCGCUAUAACCGUUUUAACAAUUAUUUUGGUGACCUUGCUAAGUCACCGAACCGGUGCCCUGGAAUUCGAGGAGUGUGCCAGUGCCCCACAAUUGGGAGUUUACGUGGCCAGCUCUAGUAAUUGCUCCAAAUACAUAUAUUGCGCCGGUCCAGGAUCCUUUGAGGCCGAGUGCUUGGAUGGACAUUACUACGAUGAGAAGUUGGAACGCUGCCUGGAUCGCAAGUUGGUAACGCGAUGCCAUGAUCCUGUAGAAAGCACCACCAAAUCUCCAUCGAUGGUUACGAAACCAGCUCAGGAAGCGGAUCCAUUGGCGAUUACCCUGCGACUUUUACCCAAUGCCGGACCCUGUUAUCCGUACAUGGUGUGCUACGAAGGGGCUGGCCUGGCCAAGGCCUGUACUCCUGCUCAUCUGGUGUCCUGCAACCGUAUGCAAUCCAGAGAGAACAUCAUCAACUGCCAGGAGGGAGUGUAUGGGUUUAUGCCACAUCCCCGGCAUUGUGCCUACUUCUACUACUGCUCCAGUGGCUCCAAGCUUAUCCAUCGAUGUCCUUUGAACUAUACUUGGCACUACGAACGGAGGUCCUGCGUCCAGCAAUCCGAGAAGAUGUGCUACUCCGAGAAGCUUCGGCUCAAUAGAAAUAAAAUGGGAAAGGCCAAGCAGGCGUAUUUCUAA